ACAGGGAUGACUCAAAGCUUAUGAACUCCAAGCAGUAGGAGGCUGGAGACCUAUCAGAGGAAGACCGCAGCAGGCAAAGGCCAAUGUGUGGGAAAGCCAGAGGUAAUCCCAGAGCUCUGAUGCCCAGCCUCCACUGGGAACCUUGCCAGCAUUGCAACAGCUUGAAUUGCACCUUCCUAGUUGCCUAAGUGAGCAACAAGGCUUCUGUCCUGGGAGACUCUAGCCUCUUGCCUUCUGAGGUACCCAAAGAGCUGCCACCCCUCCACAGCCACUGUCCUAAUUGCAACUGCUGCACCUUCCCAUCCACUGUCUCCAUGCACUGGUGGAACCUGCCCCGCAAGGCAGCAGGGGGGGCCGGGAGAAGAAUGGAGCGUCCUUUGAACGCGCUCCAGCAGUGACAGGUGGCCUGAAAGGCGACGCGUAACGGUCUCACCCUGGUGUAAAGGAUACUUCUCUCCCCACACUAAUCCGGCUCCGUCCCACUCAGUAUAGAAGGGGCCGGCUCCGUCCCAGCAUUGGCACAGCUCGGACGCUGCUCUGAGUGCUGGCUGCAACGGGGACCAGGGCAUGGCGGGGGGGUGCUAGGACUCGCGCUCCUGAUGGCCGCGGCAGAAGGAAGCGCCGAGCACUUGCUGCGGAGCAUGGAAGCAGAAGCCUCACCAAAGCCUGCAGAGAUGCCCCAGGCUUUGGAGGGCCCCACAGGGCAGCCAGCUGCUGUCACGGCUCCUUCCGAGGGGGCGCCAGUGGGCCAGAACGCCAGGCCUUGCACCAGCGUGGGGGAGGGCACGGCCCCCGGAGGAGCAGAGAGCCACACUUGCCAGUCGGCCCCAGCAACCUUGCAGCCAAUGGAGAGAGAAGGAGAAAAGGCAGAGCCUGGAGAGAAGGGCGUCCCCAUGGCUGGGAAGGGGAUGAAGGCCAGUGAGAAGAAAGCAGUGGCCAAGGAGGGGGCAGAAAGCCAGAGCCAGCCUACGAUUUCCAAGCAUGAGCCCCCAGCUCCCCAGCGGAGCCUGAGCUGCCCAGUCAGCAGCCAGAGACCAGGGGAGGAACCCCCAGCUGUGAAGAUGGGAGCCGAAGGGAAGACCCCGCAGGGUAGAGCAACUCCUGCCAAAGGAGUCAGCGCUUUGCCAGCAGAACCCAGUCUAGCGGAGGUGCCUGGCCCUGCUUCGGAUUCCCCCAGAGACCAGACUUGUCCAGAGAAACCCACCCUAAGUGAGGUGUCCAGCCCAGCUAGCAGCAGUGGGAACCUGAGCCCUGCAGAGCCCCCCAGCUUGGUGGGGCUACCCCACCCGGCUUCAGAUGAGACCCCUGCAGAGCUCCCCAGCUCAGUGGUGCUACCCCACCUGGCUUCAGAUGAGACCCCUGCAGAGCCCCCCAGCUCAGUGGUGCUACCCCACCCGGCUUCAGACAAGACCCCUGCAGAGCCCCCCAGCUCAGUGGUGCUACCCCACCCGGCUUCAUACAAGACCCCUGCAGAGCCCCCCAGCUCAGUGGUGCUACCCCACCCGGCUUCAGACAAGACCCCUGCAGAGCCCAGCUCAGUGGAGCAGCCUCCUCCAGCUUUGGACAGCCCUGGAAAUGUGGGGAAAACAGGCCCUGUAGCUGGGGAACAGCCACCUUCACCAGAGGAGGAGGAAGUGGAGCCCCCGCCCGGCCCCUACCUAACGCCAGACUUCGGGAAAGAGGACCCUUUCCAGAUACUGGACGAUAUUCCUCCACCGCCCGCUCCCUUCGCCCAUCGCAUUGUCUCCCUGAAAUCCGGCACCGUGAACAGCAUGUUCAACAUCAACACCAAGGAGAUGCUGGGCGGGGGGAAGUUUGGUGAAGUUCGCACGUGCACCGAGAGAGGGACAGGACUCAAACUCGCAGCCAAAAUCAUUAGGAAACAGGGCUCGAAGGACAAGGAGAUGGCCUUGGUUGAAAUCGAGGUGAUGAACCAGCUGAACCAUAGGAACCUGAUCCAACUCUACGACGCCAUCGAGACGCCACGGGAAAUCGUCCUCUUCAUGGAGUUCGUGGAGGGCGGGGAGCUCUUUGAGCGCAUCAUCGACGAGGAUUACCACCUGACGGAAGUGGACUGCAUGGUGUUCGUGAGGCAGAUCUGCGACGGGAUCACCUUCAUGCAUCAGAUGCAUGUCCUGCACUUGGACCUCAAGCCUGAGAACAUCCUGUGUGUCACCUCCACAGGGCACAUGGUGAAGAUCAUCGACUUUGGGCUGGCACGAAGAUACAACCCCCGGGAGAAGCUGAAAGUGAACUUUGGGACCCCCGAGUUCCUGUCCCCGGAGGUGGUGAACUAUGACCAAGUCUCCUAUUCGACAGACAUGUGGAGUCUGGGCGUGAUCACCUACAUGUUGCUAAGUGGCCUCUCCCCUUUCCUGGGAGACGACGAUGCGGAAACCCUGAACAAUGUCCUGGCAGCCAAGUGGUACUUCGACGAGGAAGCCUUUGAGGGCAUCUCGGAUGAAGCCAAGGACUUUGUCUCGAAUCUGAUUAUCAAGCAGAAGAGCGGCCGGAUGAGUGCGGCCAGGUGCCUUCAGCACCCCUGGCUGAACGACCUGGCUGAGAAGGCCAAGCGCUGCAACCGGCGCCUGAAAUCCCAGGUCCUGCUCCGGAAGUACGUCAUGCGGCGGCGCUGGAAGAAAAACUUUAUUGGUGUGUGUGCUGCCAACCGAUUCAAGAAGAUCAGCAGCUCAGGAUCCCUGACGGCGCUGGGUGUCUGAGUGUGGGGCUGAGCUGGGUGGGAUUUGAGCAAAGUGUGAGUCAAGGACAAAGGGCAAUCCCCUGAAAUCUGAGCUGUGCACUGAAGGCCUGCUCCCUGGGGCCUGCACAGGAAAGUGGCAUGUAGUCCCUGCUUUUGGAGGCAGGAGCAUCUCCACUUGGGUUCGGAAUCAAUCCGCUUCCCAAACACAAGGAGUUCACUGCUGGGGCAAUGAAUUGAGAUAUCCCAGUCCUGUACAGAUGUGAAAUUCCUGCUCCCACUGCGGUGAGAUUACUACUGGAUCCCAUCCUGCUGAGAGUCCUGCUCUAAAUUCUGUCUCUGCCAUGAGAUUCCUGCUCUAGAUCCUAUCCCGCACUGUCACUGCUCUAGGGUCCAGGCCACCGGGAUAAUGCAGCUCUGGAUCCUGAACUGCUGUGAGCUGACUCCUCUCGGUCCUGUGCCCUGUGUGAGGCUCCUGCCCCGGAUCCCAAGCUGCUGCAAAGCUGCCUUUGUGGAUCUCCUUCCGGUUCAAUACCACCACCCUGGAAUUCUCGUUCUCUGUGAUGAGGUGCCUGGAUCCUGUACCACUAGGACAUACUACUCCUUUGAUCCCCUUUGAGAUUACUGGUCUGGAGCUCACACAAGUGUGGUGUUGCCAUCUUAGCACCCUGUAUCCCUGCUACAGAUUCUGUACUGCUGUGACAGCUACCACUCUGCAUCCCAUAGGCUCCUGCUCCUAACCAACUGUGCAAUUACCAGUCCCGGUCUCUUCUGCAUCCCCUAGUACAUCUGGAUUGUUACUCUGAGUCCCACCCUCCCUGUGCUGCGAUUAGCCUGGAUCCUUUGCUGUCGUGAGACGACUGCGCUGAACUCGCUGAGCUAUGGAAUUGCCAACUGGAAUCCCAGUGCACAGUGCGACCAGAGGUGCAGAGAGCACCUUCCAAAUCCUAGACUGCAGCAUCCUUAGACUCCACAUUGCAAUUCCCCGUGUUCUGCUGUUUGUGUUCAACUUCCAUUCUGUGACUUGCAAUGGGACACGCAGACCAGCCUACUGAGGGGGCAAGGUCCGUGCACCACACACCAGUCUCUACCUGAGAACCAAGAUUCCUGCUCUCUGCCUCUGAGUGCAAUAGGAGACACACCAUGGCUAUGUCACAGGACUGCUGGUCACAGCCUCAGAAUGCAAUGAAAUCUGUGUACUGCUGUCUGGAUCUGUGCUCCCAGCUCCUGAGUGCAGGAGGAGUAAUGUAACUGUGUGCUAGUGUCAGGAUUUGCACUCCAAGCCCUCUGAGUGCAGAGUGUACUCCCCGGCCUGCUGGUAGGAUGCCUACUGCCAGCCUCUGGAUCUGCUCACCGCUGGACUAGCAUGCGAGACUGCUGCUUGAGCAGAAACCCUCCUCUUCCCAUGAUCGGGGUCCUAGAAGCCGGCGUGCAGGGCUGAGUUCCUGUCAGUGCCGGGAGGCUCCACGCACAGGAAAGGAGGAAGUGCAGAGCACAGAUUCCAGGCGCGUUCCCCAGAUGGAGGCCAGGGAAGAAAGAAGGAGGCUUUGUGCUAGUUCCUAACCUCCCUGCCCUUCUGAGCUGCUAGCGGGGGGGAGAACACAACCUUCCCUUCACACGUCCCCCAGAAGAUAAAGGCAAGAGAGCAUCCUAAUGCAGACCAGCUGGGCUCGCCGCUCCCCCUCGCACAUAUGAAAGGACUGCUUCAGCAUUGACCACCAACGCACAGGAACUACCCUUUGCUCGCUGGGCCCAGGGACCCCCGAUGGGAGGAGAGUGUGGGAGCUCCCUCAGGUUCUGGAGUUUCCUUUGUGUUCCAUUUUGAGCCUGAACCAUUGUGCUCAACAGCGGGCAGGGCUUGGUCCGAGGGAAACCCCCUGCAGACCUGCCAUCAAUGUCUGAGCUGCCCGGGGGGAUCUAGGCCCCUCUAGGGUGGGGUGUAAUGAUGAGAGUUGCCUCCCUUGGUGAUGCGGGAGCUCCUGUGUGGCCCAGUGUACUGACGUAGUAGCUAGGGGAGGGGUGGGAGGAUCCUCCAUGGAGUCUGAGGGCUCGUGCCUCUCUUGGGAGGGGGUUUGCAGAACGAGUCUGAGGCCACGCCCCUCUCUGCCCAACUGAACCCCGGGCUUGGUGUCGUCCACGGGCGAUUCGUUAUGAAAAAGCAGGGUGCUAGCUAACGGGCAGCAUGUAUCUGUUAGGCACAGAAACAACCAGACAGCACUUGACCCAGCCCAAAAGUGCCUCACACAGAGCAUGUGCACUGAGCCACACCCUCAGUUGGGGUACAUUGGUGGGACUCCAUUGACCUCAGAGGAUCUGCACCAGUUUACCCCAGCUGAGGUCUGUAUCUUUUCGCUAAAACUCUUCUCCCUCUGCCCCAUUUUCACCCUGGGUCCACUGGAUUUCCUCUGCCCAGCAGAGCACAAAGCCCGAUGUUGCACUCUGGCCCCUGUGUGUGUACCCUCCCUAGCAGCAGUCCCCCAUAGUGCGGAAAGAUGUACGUUCUCUUGAGAGACGCCAGAGCUCUCGGCUUAAUGUAAAUACAUGUACAGGUCCGACGCCAA